AUGAUUAUUGAUGGUUUUAUUUAUCAUGGCACUAUAUUCCAUGCAAGAAACAUAAAUUUACUCGAAAAAUUACACAUUCGAAAUAUCCUCAAUGUCUGUAAUGUUCGCUUGAGUCGAAAGAUUGUUGAUAAAUAUCAUGUUUUUUGGAUAAAUUUACAAGAUGAUUUCGAUGUUGAUAUUCGUGUACAUUUUGAUCAAACAAACGAAUUUUUACAGGCAUGUAGAAACAAAAAUGAAAAAGUUCUAAUUCAUUGUCGAGCUGGCGUUUCUCGCUCGUCUUCAAUUGUUCUCGCGUAUCUAUUAAGAUACUAUCAUGAUAUAUUGUACAAUGCCUACCAUUAUUUGAUUGAACGACGUUCAAUAGCUAUGUCAAAUGAUGGCUUUUUUCUACAAAUCAUUCUUUAUGAGAAAGAUUUGCAUGUAAAUAGAACUGCUACUGAUAUGGAGCAAAGUUCUAGCGAAUCGAUCAAUACUGACAUGGCACCAUCGACUGUCGAUUAG